AUGUCUGCACCGGGUAAUCCCUGCACCGGGCACCCCGUGUACCGUGUACGCCUGAACCGGGCACCCUGUGUACCGGGCACCCCGUGUACUGGAUACCCCGUGUACCGGCGCCCGGAGCCGCGGCUGCCGCCGCUCCGCCGCCCCGGGGGGCCGGGGACGCCCCGGGGAGCGCCGCGUUGCCAGGACGCGCCCGGCGCUGGCGGAGCCGGGCGGCCAUUCCCGCUGCGCGAUGCUCGGCGCCGGCUCCGCGCUGUCCCGCCGCUGGGCUCGGCCCCGGGAACGCGGCUCCACCGGGGCCGCCGCCGCACCCGGCACCGGGAGCGCCCGGGGGUGAGCGGGGAGCGCGGGGCGCGGACCCCCCUCGGCGCCGCGGGGCCGGGCGGCGUCACAGCGCCGGGGUCCCUCUGUCCCCGCAGCGCCCCCCGGGACUGGACCCUGGACCCCUCGGGAGACUGGUACUACUGGUGGAUCAGCAUCGUGGCGCUGCCUGUGCUCUACAACUGCAUCGUCCUGGUCUGCAGGUCCUGCUUUCCCGCGCUGCAGGAGCAGCACGCGCGGCUGUGGCUGAGCCUGGACUGCGCGUGCGACGGGAUCUACCUGCUGGACAUCGGCGUGCGGCUGCACACCGCCUUUGUCGAGGACGGCAUCCUGGUGCGGGACCGCGGCCGCAUCCGGCGCCGCUACCUGCGCUCCUCAGCCUUCCCCUGGGACGUGGCUGCGGUGCUGCCCACCGACCUGCUGUGGCUGCGCCUGGGCACGGCGGCGCCGGCGGUGCGCGCCAACCGCUGCCUGCGGGCACCGCGCCUCUUCGAGGCCUUCGACCGGCGGGAGACGCGCACGGCGCACCCCAACGCCUUCCGCGUGGCCAAGCUGAUGCUAUACGUCUUCAUCGCCAUCCACUGGUACGGCUGCCUCUACUUCGCCCUCUCGUCGCGGCUGGGGCUCGGCGCCGACGCCUGGGUCUGCCCCAACGCCAGCCGCCCCGGCUUCGCCCGCCCGCUGCGCCAGUACCUGCACAGCUUCUACUUCUCCACGCUCAUCCUGGCCACGGUGGGCGACACGCCGGAGCCGCGGCGCGAGGAGGAGUUCCUCUUCGUCAUCGCCGGCUUCCUCCUGGCCGUGCUGGGCUUCGCCACCAUCACGGGCAGCAUCAGCUCCGUCAUCUCCAACGUGAACGCGGCUGACGCCGCCUUCUACCCCGACCCCGAGCCGGUGCGGCGCUACCUGCGGGCGCAGGGCGCGGGCGGGCGGCUGGCGCGGCGCGUGUCCCGCUGGCACCAGCACCUGCGGGCGCAGCGCAAGCUGCCGGCGGAGCGGGCGGUGCUGCGGCACCUGUCGCGGGGGCUGCGGGCCGAGGUGGCGGCCGGCGUGCACCUCCCGGCGCUGCGCCGCGUCGGCCUCUUCCAGAGCUGGGAGCCCGGCGUGCUGCGGCAGCUGGUGCUGCGCCUGCGCCCGCAGGUCUUCGGCCCCGGCGAGUUCGUGUGCCGCCGCGGGGACGUGGGCCACGAGAUGUACUUCAUCCGCGAGGGCCGCCUGGCCGUGGUGGCCGAGGACGGCGUCACGCAGCUCGCCGUCCUGGGCGAGGGGCUCUACUUCGGGGAGAUCAGCCUCAUCAACAUCAAGGGGAACACCUCGGGGAACCGGCGCACGGCCAACAUCAUGAGCAUCGGCUACUCCGACCUGUUUUGCCUGUCCAAGGAGGACCUGGCAGAGGUGCUGGUGGAGUUCCCCAGCGCCCGGGCCGCACUGGAGGCCAAGGGCCGUGAGCUGCUGCUGCGCAUGGGCAAGCUGGAUGUGCGCGCCGAGGCCGCGGCGGCGGCGGCCGAGGAGGAGGCCGAGCGCCGCGUGCAGGCGCUGGAGAUGGCGCUGGAGGGGCUGCAGACCCGGGCGGCCCGGCUGCUGGCCCAGCUGGAGUCCAGCGCCUUCAAACUGGCGCUGCGCGUCCAGCGCCUCGAGGGCCGGCUCCGGCGGCGGCGGCAUGCCGGGACAAAGGGUCCUACCGGGGGACAAGGUCCUGCCACGCCGGGGCAUCCUGCUGGGGCUCAGGGUCCUGCUGGGGAACCAACUCCCACCAGGGCACAGGGUCUCACAGGGUUGGAGGGUCCUAGUGGGGCUCAGGGUCCUCCCAGGUCACAGGGUCCCAGUGGGGCUCAGGGUCCUCCCAGGUCACAGGGUCCCAGUGGGGCUCAGGGUCCCACCAAGUCACAGGGUCCCAAAGGGGUGCAGGGUCCUCCCACGUCACAGGGUCCUAAAGAGGUGCAGGGUCCCAACAAGGCACAGGGUUCUCCGAGGGCGCAGGGUCCCACUGGGGCUCAGGGUCCCCCCAGGGUUCUGGUUCUUCCCAGGUCACAGAGUCCCCCCAGGGCUCAGGGUUCCCUAAGGGCUCAGGGUUCCCCCAGGGCUUGGGGCCCCAGCGGGGUACAGGGUCCCUUUAGGGCACAGGGUCCCCCCAGGGCUCAGGGCCCCCCCGGGCUUCCAGGUCCCCCGAGGUCACAGGGUCCCCCCAGGGCUCAGGGUCCCAGUGGGGUACAGGGUCCCCCGAGGUCACAGGGUCCCCCCAGGGCUCAGGGUCCCGCAGGGGGCCGGGGCACGGGGAGGACGGGCCCCCAUCGCUGAGUUACUCGGGGCUGGGACAGCAGCGACAACCGCUGCUGGGUAGCCGUGACAACCGUUGCUAGGUAGCCGUGACAACUGUUGCUAGGUAACCGUGACAACUGUCGCUAGGUAACACUGAUAACUGUUGCUAAGUAACGGUGAGUUGUUCGUGAACCGGGACAGCGCUGGAACCGCGGCGAGACGAGACGGGAAUGGGAACAGGGACGGGGCAGGGACAGGGACGGGGAUCGGGAUGGGAACAGGGACAGGUAUAGCAAUCGGGAU